CACCACGGUACUACUAAGAUCAUUAACACCAUGCCAAGGUUAAGGUGCCGCGUGGAUUCCAGAUGUCUUCAACUACUAUUGUUACUUUUAGCAUUUCUGUUCAACUGGUGCUCGGUUUGUUCGUCCGAAGUAGAAUCCCAAAUACCAACAAUCGAUACGGACAAAAAGCGUCUAGCAAUCAUCGUUCCGUUCCGGGACCGCUUCGAGGAGCUCCUAGAGUUCGUUCCUCACAUGACCGCCUUCCUGAAGAGACAAGAGAUUCCGUUUCACAUCUUUGUGAUUCAACAGAAGGAUAAGAACCGUUUCAAUAGGGCUUCACUGAUAAACGUCGGAUUCUUGAAGACUCGAAGCCAUUACGAAUACAUAGCGAUGCACGAUGUCGACCUUCUGCCACUUAACGACAAUCUGAAGUAUGAAUAUCCAGAAAAGGGGCCAUGCCACAUUCCGUCACCAGAAACGCAUCCGAAAUACAGCUACAAGUACUACGCCGGCGGCAUAGUGUUGGUAACUAGGGAACAUUACGAGCUGGUGAACGGAAUGUCCAAUCAGUACUGGGGCUGGGGGAUGGAGGACGACGAAUUCUACGUGAGAUUGAAGGAUGCGGGUCUCACAUUCAACAGACCCAGCAAUAUAACAACGGGACGAAAAAACACAUUUAGGCAUAUCCACGACGACGCGUAUCGUGUCCGAGACAAGCGGCGGUGCUACAACCAGCUCGAGAUGACGCGGCGCCGUGACCGUCGCACCGGGCUCCAUGACGUGGCGCACCGCGUGCUGAGCCUCCACACCCUCACCAUCGACGGGCUGCCCCUGACCGUCCUCAGCGUGGAGCUCAUCUGCGACCGGAACGCGACCCCGUGGUGCCAGUGCCCGGAAACGCGAGAACCCGAAAUGUCUUUUACAUCUAACUACGAGAAUCACGUGUUUCAUGAAUACAAUGUGUGCUAUAAAAAUAAAUGA